AUGCGUAUUUGGCUUCCCGUUUUGUUACUUUUCGUUGCCACCGAGGUUAGUUUUCGAAUUACUUUGGUCUAAGAGUACUCGGAAAAACUGAAGUGGCCCCUAGAGGGACUGGAAAAGAGCAUAAUCUGUUCAAAAGUUCGCUUCUAGCAGUUUGAAGGCACCAAAUUUUUUUUAACAGAAUCGGAAACGGCCAUACGUUAGAUCACAUUCUUGUUUACAAAAAUAUUGAAAUUCAAUAUUUUUUGAAAAUGAAGUUUCAUCAUUGCAUGAAAUCGCUAAAUCACGGAGAUCAUGUUCUAAUCGAUAAAAUUCCAAGAUAAGAACCCUGAAGUCAAUAUUUUUCACAAAGGCCGAGGACCUGAAAAAAAAACUUCGAAAUAAAGCCAGUUUUCAUUAAAUUUUUCGAAGUUGAAAAAGCUACUUACAUAUAUUUGGAAAGUCGAAGCCCUUGCCUAGAUAUCUUCCUCUUCCAAAAGAUAAACGAUUCAUUGGGGCAAAUUUAACUGUUCACUCGAAAAUCGCCAAAAAUCCUUCAUUUUUGAAAUUGAACAAGAGUCACCGGAUCAGGUACAAAAAUAUUUUUUCUUUUAGUUUGUCAAUCAUCGUUAAACAUGAUUGAUUAACUUUUCAAGGUUUGCGAAAGCUUCCUUACAAAAGAAAUUUUUUAACAACUGAUAUUUCUGAUGAUACAGUCCUUGAAGUGAUAAAAUUCAAAAAAUCUUCCGAAUCGUAAAUUCCAGGCAAGAUGGCUGAAUAUUCCGAGCGUAGCGCUCCGGAUUUCCAAGGCGAUCACUGGUUGGGAAGAAUUCCCGAGUCCCUUCGGAAAUGACAAAGAAACCGAAAUUCUACCACUUCCAGAAGAUGACGAGGUAUGUUUCAAAAUUUGAAAAAGCAUUAUGAAAUAAAAAUUUUCGAUUUUUUUAGUCAGGUGAAAAAAAGAAGAUUUGGCUGUUGAAACGAGCGUUAUCGAUGCCGAAGAAGUCGAUAAAGAAGAGCCGGUAUUUUUUUAAUUUUUCAAUUUCAAUCCAAAGUUUUAUAAGACGCUUCAAAUUUAUGCGCGACAUGUUUCAAUCUGAACUUGCUCCAAAAAAUAUAAAAAAAAAACUUUUUUUGCAAAUUUUGUAAAUUUAAUCGUUUUUGCGUCGUAUUUAAAGCAUAACAUUUCGAAUCGAGUUUGAAUUUACACAAACUAGGCUUCAAAAGAACUGAAUUGCGCGAAAUCUUCAAUUUAAUUAAUCAAAAUUUACAAGAAUGAGUGAUAUCUCAUCGCUUUCGCUCUAAAAUCAACAUAAAGAGCAAAAAUAAGAAUUUAAAAGAUGAAAAACAAAAAAUUGAUACGAAAAUCAUGUAAUGAUGUACUUUCAUUAUUCACUUCUUAAUUUUCAAAAAGCCAAUUUCCAGACUUUCCUCACCUACGAACAGAUCCUUGCCGAUCAAGAAAAGUACAUGAAAAAAAUUGUCGUUUCUCUGGACGAUGAUGAAGAAAAUGAAGAAGACGUCAAGGUUCAUAUUUUACUAGACCAUCAAGACAAAAGAUGAUUUCAGGAAAUUCUGAACUCUCAAAACGAGCGAAAGAUUGAUUUGGAGGCGGUCAAGAUGGCUCAACUCGAGGAAGGAUAUUAUGAAGUGAGAUUAUUAGUCUCACUUUCACAUAUCAACCUUUAUCCCCUUGAUUAAGGCCCAAGAAUCGUCCUCUUCUGACUCUUCCUCGUCUUCAUCUUCCGAGGAAGACGAGUGGGAAGAAUCGCGACCUUACCUAAAAUGCUCCUGCUUGAAGAAGAGCGGCAAGGUCUUCGAAUCGAAGUGAGUUUCGAUUCUAUUUCAAAGCUUCGAAAAAUACCAAAAUCUCAUUUUAAUGUGACCAAGCCAUAAAAAGUUUCCCGAAAAAGGUGUUCUCUGCUCUCAUAACCGUGAGCGUCAGGUAUGACGUAUUCAGCCAAAAGUAGAGCCAGAAUAAGCGGGAAAAAGUGGAUAUUCAAUUUUUUUCACAGCUUGUUAUUGUUGAUUACUAUGAGAAAGCCUAGGCCAAAUUUUUUUUAGCUUUAUCUCAAUGAAAUAAAACUUCUACAGAUCAGCCCCUCGUGUCUGGGAAUCUAGCGGUUACAAAGAAGACCUUCCGAAAGAAUGGGAUUGGCGCAACAUCAACGGAGUCAACUACUGUAGUCCGACCAGGAAUCAGCACAUUCCAGUCUACUGCGGCUCUUGCUGGGUCUUCGGAACCACUGGUACAGUUUAUCAGUCUGAAGGGGGUACUUAAGUGGGAGGGGGAAAGUGAGGAAGCUGCCUCUGGGAUAGCCACUAAAGUAUCCUCUAGUGACCACUAAAGAAGAUAGCCGAGAAGGUAAGAAGGUGGCUUAAAUGCAGUUGAGAAAAGAGUCAAGGGAUGGAAAGACCUUAAAUUAGGUUAAGGGAUAACUUAAAAGAAAACUCAAGUUCUCAUUGACCUAAUCUGGUCUCUAGGGGCGACUAGAGCAAAACAUAUCACGAAUAAACAAAAAAAAAUCUUGAUUUAAGUUGUAAAUCAUAUUGAGUUCCAGGCGCCCUCAACGACCGCUUCAACAUUGCUCGGAAGAAUCGCUGGCCAAUGACCAUGGUUUCACCUCAGGUACUUCUAGCUUAACUCGAAAAAUUCGGAAUCCCGUGAAAAAUUGGAUCCAAGACAUACUGCAGAAGUCCCUAUCUACCGAGAACCAACGUCUCGAAAAACAACUUAAAAACAUUUGCAGGAAAAAUAUAAAUUUAAAGCACUUAUAGAUAAAGAUUUCUUGUUCAGAGUUCCCAUUUAGCGGGUCGUUUCAGCUAAGUACUGAUCAAUGAUCAGCUUUAUGUGAACGAAAGGAAAAACAUAGAAAAAUCUAGGAAAUCAUCGACUGCAACGGGAAAGGAAACUGUCAAGGUGGUGAGGUCGGAAACGUUCUGGAACACGCCAAGAUCAAGGGACUGGUCGAGGAAGGCUGCAACGUCUACAGAGCUACCAAUGGAGGUUUUUGAACUUUUCGAUUCCAAAAUUAAAGCCGAUAACUUCGUUCUUUAUCCUUAAAAUUUUUAGAUAUUCACUCAGUAAGUAUAAAAGUUGUUCUCAUACUUUUCAUAGUCCCUAGAUGAAUUAAUUUGGAUUAAAUUUAUUGGUGGCCUUCGAAAUCAUCUCAGCUCUUCCCAGAUGUUUGUCGAACCUUCGCUCUUCUAAACUUGAUCCCUCCAAGCACCCAAAAACCUUUCAGAGUGCAACCCAUACCACCGAUGCGGCUCCUGCUGGCCGGACAGCUGCUUCUCUCUGACCAACUACACCCGUUACUACAUCAAGGACUACGGACCGGUUUCUGGUCGCGAAAAGAUCAUGGCCGAGAUCAAGAGGGGCGGUCCUUUGGCCUGCGCCAUUGGCGCCACCAAAAAGUUCGAGUACGGCUACACGAGUGGCGUCUACGCCGAGAAGAGCAAUCUUGAGGUUUCGAAAUGGAUCAAAAUACACAUAUGUAAUCAAGUCAUUUCAGUCCAAUCAUAUCGUUUCCCUAACUGGUUGGGGUGUCGAUGAGAACGGAGUUGAAUAUUGGAUCGUCCGGAACAGUUGGGGCGAGGCUUGGGUUAGUUUCCAACUAAUUUUAUUAAGAUUUCCAACCAUUCUACCUUUUGAAUGUGGAUCUUCUAAGUAACAUUUUUUCUGCUCGAAACAAUCGAAAAAAUAAAUCUCAAAAAUUCGAAGAGUUCCUGAAGCUUUCUUGCCUACUGAGAGCCUCUAAGGUCCAUAUUAAGCCUUGCUGUUGACACUAUCAAUGUUUCAGUAGAACUUUUUGAUGAAAUGAAUAAAAGUUCAUUGCUAACUAGUAAGUUAUUUCGAGUUUUAGGGAGAGCUCGGCUGGUACCGGACCGUCACCUCGAAGUACAUGGACGGAACCGGAGACCAGUACAACAUGGGCAUUGAACGGGACUGUUACUACGCCGACGUCGACGUUUCGAAUCUCAACUAG